CGCCUCUUCAAACAUCUCUUUGGGGGCUACAAUCGCUGGGCGCGGCCUGUGCCCAACACGUCGGAUGUGGUGAUCGUGCGCUUCGGGCUGUCCAUCGCUCAGCUCAUCGACGUGGAGUGGAGCGACUACAAGCUGCGCUGGAACCCUGCUGACUUCGGCAACAUCACCUCCCUCCGCGUCCCCUCGGAGAUGAUCUGGAUCCCAGACCUGGUCCUCUACAACAAUGCAGAUGGCGAGUUUGCAGUGACGCACAUGACCAAGGCCCACCUCCUCUUCACGGGCACCGUGCACUGGGUGCCCCCGGCCAUCUACAAGAGCUCCUGCAGCAUCGACGUCACCUUCUUCCCCUUCGACCAGCAAAACUGCAAGAUGAAGUUCGGCUCGUGGACCUAUGACAAGGCCAAGAUUGACCUGGAGCAGAUGGAGCAGAAGGUGGACCUCAAGGACUAUUGGGAGAGCGGCGAGUGGGCCAUCGUGAAUGCCACCAGCACGUACCACAGCAAGAAGUACGACUGCUGCGCCGAGAUCUACCCCGACGUCACCUUCUACUUCGUUAUCCGCCGGCUGCCACUCUUCUACACCAUCAACCUCAUCAUCCCCUGCCUGCUCAUCUCCUGCCUCACCGUGCUGGUCUUCUACCUGCCGUCCGACUGCGGCGAGAAGAUCACACUCUGCAUCUCCGUGCUGCUCUCGCUCACCGUCUUCCUGCUGCUCAUCACUGAGAUUAUCCCGUCCACCUCGCUGGUCAUCCCGCUCAUCGGCGAGUACCUGCUCUUCACCAUGAUCUUCGUCACCCUCUCCAUCGUCAUCACCGUCUUCGUCCUCAACGUGCACCACCGUUCCCCCAGCACCCACAGCAUGCCCCGCUGGGUGCGGGGGAUCCUGCUGGGCUGCGUGCCCCGCUGGCUGCUGAUGAGCCGGCCCCUGCCACCUGCAGAGCCCCACAAACCUCUAGGCCUAAAGCUCAGCCCCUCUUACCACUGGCUGGAGACCAACAUGGACACCGAGGAGAAGGAGGAGGAGGCGGAGGCCGAGGAGGACCGAUGGGCGUGUGCUAGCCGUCCAGCCCCGACACCGGGAGCCCUCUAUGGCUGUGGGGGCUUGCACCCCAGCACCUCGGGGCCCAAGGCCCAGCCUCUCCCCCAGGAGAGUGGACUCCUGCUGUCCCCUAGCAUGCAGAAGGCCUUGGAAGGCGUGCACUAUAUUGCUGAUCACCUGCGCUCUGAGGAUGCUGACUCUUCGGUGAAGGAAGACUGGAAGUAUGUCGCCAUGGUCAUCGACAGGAUAUUCCUCUGGCUGUUUAUUAUCGUCUGCUUCCUGGGCACCGUUGGACUUUUUCUUCCCCCGUUCCUGGCUGGCAUGAUCUGA